AUGAAUCGGACUGAGGAGGAGGUAAGGGGUACUGUAGUAGUUGAGUUAGGUGAUACUGUAGAAAGUAAGUUAAAGGGUACUGUAGGAGUUGAAUUAAAGCAUACUGUAUGAUUUGAAUUUGAAAAGCAUACUGUAGGGGCAAAAGAUAGUAGUAAAGUAUACUGUAGAGAGAAAGACAGUUUUACUGUAACGAAAAGAGUAGUGUGUGGUAGGGAAAGGUAGGGUAUAGUACGGUAAGGUACGGCAUGGUACGGUAGGGUACGAUAAGGUAAAGUAUGGUUGGACAGGGUACGGUAAGGCACGGUAGGGUUCGAUAGAGUACGGUAGGGUAGGGUAUGAUGAAACAGGACGCGGUAAGGCACGGUAGGGUGAGGUACAGUACGGUAGGGUACUGUAGGGUAGGGUAAAACUAGGCUCUUACUAAAAUUUCAGUUUUAGCUAGAUGAAAUUGUAGCCAAAAAGUCUAAGUUGGCACUGAUCUUCUCAUCUCAUGACAAUGUCAAGUCUGGAAGAGAGACCAUGGUUAGGUACCUUCAAGGCUACAUGAAUAUCACAGCUUUGGGAAAGACGUUUACUAAAGACAGAUGUAAUGACACUUGUUAUAGACAAGAAACCGGUAUGAAUUUUUAUUUUUAAUCUUUGUUGCCAUUCUUUCAGAAUCCCACUUCUUCUACCUGGCCUUUGAAAACCAGAUUUGUGAUGAAUAUACGACUGAAAAGUUUGGUCGAUUCACACACUUUGUAGUACCAAUUGUCUUCAAACGUUCAGUAGUCUACAAGGAGUUCCCAGAUGAAUACUAUAUAGCCAUGGAUGACUUUGACACAACUGAAGAGUUCGUGGCAUUCUUGAAAAAAGUGGCUGGUGAUAAGGAAUUGUACAAAAAGUAAGGCUUAGUACUGUUAGAGCUUAGGCUAGGGCUCUGGGAUAGGGCUCUGGGCCACGACUAAAGUUAUAGGUCCAAGGCUUUGGAAUAGACGCCUGAAAACAUAAUUAAGACCCGGCUUAUUCCGGUCUGAAAAGCUUGGCCCGCUUACAUAUAAAAAAUUGUGGCCGAACUAAGGCUCCGUCUGGCCUUUGGGCUAGAACUCUGGGCUAGGGCUCUGGGCUAAGGCUCUAGGCUAUACAUAAGGAACGGGCCGAGCUCAAUUUUAAGACCCGGUCCAAAAUUUUGUUCAGGGCCGGCCGGGCCCGGUCCAAAUUUUUUUACGUUACCGGGCUGGGAUUUUCGGGCCGGUCUUUGAUUUUCAGGCCCGGUCCGACUUAAAUUUAGGUAAAGGCUGGUUCCUUAUGUCUAGCCAGGGCUCUGAGCUACGUUUCGAGACUAGGGCUUUGGGGCCAGGGUUCUGGGCUAGGGCUCUGGGCUAGGGCUCUAGGCUAGGGCUCUGGGCCAGGGCUCUGGGCUAGGGCUUUGGGCCAGGGUUCUGGGCUAGGGCUUCGGGCUAGGAGUAAGGCUUCUACUAAGGCCAUUUUAGUUACCUCCGUUGGUCUCAAACGCCAGAAUUGCGACAAAUGUUUGAUCCGACCGAAGCGAGCUGUGGUCUAUGCGAACUGGCACAUUUACAACCAAAAAAGAUUGGCAAUUAUAAGAAAGAACACUCGUCUAAAGAGUGUGAUAGCGAAUUCACACCGAAUUGGAUCAAACACAACGGGAAAGCAGCGAAUUAA